UACAAUGAGUCAGCAGCACCAUUCACAGGGGGCCAAGCAGAUAGCCUUUCAUGGUGGAAGAACCUUCCGCUCAAGGCAUUUGCCAUGACAAUUUUAUCUAUUGUUGGGCAUGCAGGCAAAGUUGAAUGGACACUCUCUAAUCUCAGCACCACACAGUCUGCAAGGUGCUGUAAUUUUUCAGUUGAAACAUUUGAAACACUGGGGAAGAUUCAUGCAAACCUUCACUACCACCAAGCUAAAAGAGUGGAGGACAACAGAAAGCCUGCAUGUCAUUGGCAUCUGCAUCUGCACACUCAUGAGGAGGUUGGAAUCAAUGUUGAUGUUGCCCAGGAUCUGGAAGCCAAUUUUGCAUGGGUGCCUCCACUUGCAGCAGAACCACAAGAUGUAGAUGACCUCCUUGCAGGUCCUGAGACCAUAUCAGCUGAUGAAAUCACUGAAGAAUUUGGUGCUCUUGAA